AUGAAGUUUGUGCUCUAUCUGGCGGCCGUGAUUUGGGCUAUUUCAGCUAAACCACAACUUCCUCCCGGUUCUUGCACCGUGAACGUGUGUGUCUCACAGCCGGUCGUCGGAUUGAAGCUGGCUUCGGAAAAUGUGCGCGAAGCUUGUGAAUGGAUGCCGGAACGACCGAUCGACAGCUGCUUCGAAUGUUGCCAAGCAGUUCGGGCUGAGCGCAAAUAUUCGGGGCGACUUGUGCACGAGAUCCUGAUCCCCAGAUCGCAUUGCAGUUGCUGCUUUGGAAAUGACAAGUGUCUGACGCGACGA